UGCUCUCUUCUGUUCCUUGCUCUUUAGUCUUUACCCCGUCCUUCUCCGUUAGGUGCUGCAGAGAGAGAGGGAGAGAAAGAGAGAGAUUGGCGAUGGCGCCGCGGCGGCGGACGGCGGCGGCGGUGCUGGCGCUCACGGGGCUUCUUCUCUUCCUGUCCUCCCCGGCUGCGGCGGCGGCGGAAGACGGAGAACUCAGGAUGAAACACUCUGGUGAUGGUUAUCAUUACAAUAGUACUCUUGCCCAUAUUCUUGUGGAAUAUGCAUCUGCUGUGUAUACAUCCGACCUAACCUCACUUUUGACAUGGACUUGUCCAAGAUGUGAAGGUCACACAAAGGGUUUUGAGAUGAUAGAGAUCAUUGUAGAUGUCGAGAGAUGUUUACAGGCUUUUGUUGGUGUUGCCCCUGAUCCACGGUCCAUAAUCAUUGCUUUUAGAGGCACCCAAGAACACAGCGCCUCAAAUUGGAUUGAAGAUCUCUUCUGGAAGCAGCUCGAUGUAACUUAUCCAGGCAUGCCAGAUGCCAUGCACAUGUUGCAGGUCCACCAUGGAUUUUAUUCUGCAUAUUAUAAUACAACUUUGCGACAUGAGAUCCUGAAAUCUGUUCGUUGGGCAUGGAAAACUUAUGGAAGACUACCCAUAAAUGUUGUUGGCCACUCCAUGGGAGGGGCUUUAGCGUCAUUCUGUGCCCUUGAUCUCUCUGUUAAGUACGGAUCACAUGCAGUUGAGCUCAUAACUUUUGGACAGCCUCGCGUAGGCAAUCCUGCUUUUGCUGCAUACUUCAGUGAGCAGGUUCCAAGAACAAUCCGCGUGACCCAUGAGAAUGAUAUUGUUCCACACUUACCGCCAUAUUUUUAUUACUUGGGCCAAUGGACAUAUCACCACUUUGCAAGAGAGGUUUGGCUUCAUGAGACCGUAGUAGGAAAUGUAGUCACUAAGAAUGAGACAGUCUGCGAUUGUACAGGCGAGGACCCAACCUGCAGCAGAUCGGUCUAUGGGAGAAGUGUGGCAGAUCAUCUUGAGUAUUAUGGUGUCACCCUACAUGCUGAUUCAAGGGGAACCUGUCAAUUUGUUAUUGGCACAUCCAACUCAGCAGAUGGUGACAUUGUUCAAGUUGAUGGAACCAUCAUCUUAUCAAGAUAUCCACAAGAACAACAUUCUUUGGCAUCUAUCUAACCCUUUAGCCAAGGGUAAACUGCACAGUAUAUUAUUUUGUGUUUUGUGUAUAUAAUUAUGUAAUGUAGUCAUACUGGGUGCUCUAGGAGCUCUCCUGAGGAUAAGGAAGGUUUAGCCUUUAGAAUGUGCCGUCCUUUACUCAAGUGAGAAUUGUAUAUGAAGCUCCAUGAACAUUGUAGACACACCAUAAAUUGAUGUAUAUAACAAUAUCACGAUCUCAAACAAAAAGUAUUUGAUGGAAUCCUGUUUUUUUCAAA